AAAAAGACCACAACUCAAUUUAUAUGCAUGUGUGGGUUUUUUUUAAACUCCCAGAGUAUCAAACUGCAUGCUUAUAGUUUGUUUAAUGCAGGAUUACAAUGUAGAAAAAGGGCUCAAUUUGCAACAAUAGGUGAAGGAAAGGUCAUUUUCUAAACCGAAAGUGGGUUUUCCACAACAGUUAUUGAAUGUGUCAUGCAGAAUGCAAAGACAGGCCGACAGCUUCUAUAGAAAAAGUUAUUUGAGCAGUUGAAAAUGACCCAGCUUAAGAUGGCAGUACGAACAUAUACGAAGCUAAACUGACGGGGAACCUAGCUGUACAAAAUGGGCAACGAACAAGGAAAACAGAAAUCGGAAAACAGAGAUACAUGUAAACCACGGAGAUCGGAUAGCAAUUUACCUUCUUCCCCACAAAGAAGAACUGUUCAGCAGCAACUCUCUUCACCAGACAGAAGCGCCACCGAGGUACCACCUUAUUUACCAAAAAGUAUUGUUAACAGUAAAGCACAGUUCUCACCAGUCAGCAGCACCAUCCGAAUAUCAACAUCUUCACCACAAAGUUGCGCCACCGGCCAACCACUCUCCUCACCAGAAAGUUGCGCCUCAGGACAAUCAUUCUCUUCAGGACAAAGUUGCGUCUCAGGACAACCACUCUGUUCACCACAAAGUUGCGCCACAGGCCAACCACUCUUUUCACCACAAAGCGGUGCUAACAGUUCGGUUGGAUUAUUUACCCAUCAUGAUCAGCAAAAUAAAAAUACUCAGAUAUCAGCAGAUCCUUAUGAAGCAACAACUGAAACAGCCAACUUUUGUAGACUUGCACGCCUUAUACUUGAUGUUUGUAAUGCUGCUAUGAGGGAUCUUUUGCAGUGUAAACUAAGUGGUGGAGAACUGAUAUUGACUCAAACAUUAGCUUUAAACAGGAACAAAAUUGAACAUCAUCUCUUAGACAUUCAGAAAAAUAUAUUAUUUCCUCCGAAAAAUGGGCUGGUUAAGUAUACAAAGCUAGACUUUACAUUGAUGUACUCUAUCGUAAGAAAUGUUUGUCCUGAUAAAAUAGAACCAGAUAGUAAAAAAAAGUGGGGGAAAAAACCAGUAGCUGGAGAUACCAGCCUUCUUGCUGCAAUAGAAAGAAUUCGAGCGUGCAGGAAUGAGUUUUUAGCACAUGCUACAGAAGCGAAGAUUUGUGACUCGGAAUUUAAAGAUUUAUGGGCUUCUUUGGAACAAGCUCUUUUUAAAAUAGAUGAAAAUUUGGUGUCCACUUCCUACAGAAAGGAGAUAAAAAAUAUAAGAAAGAUGCAAAUAGAUCCAGAAUCUAAUAAAAGGCUACAGGAACUAACAGAAAAGGAGGCAAUGUUGAAUGCUCUGAUUGAAAAGGACGUUGAGACGGAUCAGAAAUUAGAAGAACUGAUGAGCAUGCGAGAAAAAUUUGACUUUGGAUCCAAAAGAGUUUUGACUACAAAGGAUGCGAAUAUCGGUCAAACUGAAGUUUUUUUGGCAAAAUUUAUCAAACAAAAUGAGUUUUAUGUGAAAACAAAAGUAUUAGAGAAAGUGGAACAAAUAUUGAAGCAACGUAAAUGUGUCUUCUUAGUUGGAAAAGAAGGAACUGGCAAGACAGCAACGGCAGUACAUUUAAUGUUUGAACAUAUUCAACAAAAAAACUGUUUCGUGCGCAAACUACAUGCACCGCAAGAUUUCAGUAUUUAUGUUGAUCCUACAAAAAACCACUUGAUUUUCAUCGACGACAUCUUUGAUUGUAGUGAGCAUACACUGCAAGAUUGGUGGAACAUGUUUCGAUUCAUAAAAGAUUCAGUUUUACCAGGCGUUGAUUCCUCGUCUAAAAAUAUUCGUGAUGACGACGAAUGUGAUUCAAAAGUACAAAUUGUAAUGACAAGUAGACCUCAUAAACUGAAGUAUGCCGUUCAGAAAAUGAAAUACAAUCAUAAUUUACUGCAAAAUUGCACCGUAGAUAUUGAUUCUGAUGAUUUAGAAUUAAAUCAUUUUGAGAAGAAACAAAUUUUGCAGAAAAAGAUGAAGUUUGCUAACUCUAGAUCUGUUGAUCAGACAGAAGAAAUAUUUUUUUCUGAAGAACAAUGGACACAAAUUUUUUCAUCCUCUCCUCCUUUUGGAUUUCCGUUAUGUGCCCAUCUAUUUGCAUGCGAUCCCACAUGUAGGGAAGUUGGAACAAAAUUUUUUUCGAAUCCUGAAAGUCAUUUGCUCUCUGAAGUGAAGAACACUAUUAAGGCUGAUGUCACAAGACGCACUGAAGUACUUUUUGUUUCGAUAUUGGUACAGCAGAUUCAGAAUGAAUCUUUUGAUUACAGAAACUCUGAAAAAUGUUGGACAGUUCUUGCAGAAUUGCAGAUUACUAAGGAAUUACAGCUGAGAAGAGGUGAUGUGGACCACAUUGAAACAGUGGUUUAUGAUCAUCAAGAUAAAUUUGUAAAAGAAUUCGAAGAAAACAGAUUGCAAUUUUCUCAUCCUAGUGUGCAAGAUGCUGUUCAAAACUAUUUCUUUGAAAGCUACCCCAAGAAAGCUAUUGAAAUAUUGCCAAUGAGCAUUUUGUAUCAGAAAAUGCACAAAGAAUAUUUUCUUUCUUUGGCACAGGAAUUGCAGACAUAUUUUAUGAAACGUCUUCGACUGGAAAUAAAGAAAGGGAACAUGUGUGAAGUAUGUGAAUUCGAACAGCUAAAUGACAUUUAUGUUUCAAAUGCGUUCUUGAGAGAGGCCAUAAUUGAUGUUGAUGGGUUGAAAGAUCUUUUAGCGACAAAGAAUGAUGAUGGAUUACCUUUUAUAUACUUUUUCACUCUCGGAGCUUGUAAUGAAUCAGUCAUGGCUCUGUUAAGACACGACACUAUGAAGCUUGCUUGCCCAGAAAUAGAGGAGCUCUAUGAGCAGCAUUUUUAUUCCUUAUUAGCAUCUUGUAUGCUCACAGAAAAACUGGAAAUAAUGGAAUAUAUUUUACAAAUCUACUCAAAUAGAAAUAUUCAGAAUAAUUGCUACAACGGUUUAUCUCCUCUCCUUGUAGCUGUGAAUAACAAAAAUGAGAGUGCAAUUCAACUUUUAUUGAAGAAUGAAACAAUUUCUCUUAAUGCCACGUGGAAAGGGUGGUCUUUUCUACAUGCCUGUGCCAUUUACAAUGAGUUUCAGAUUUGUUCCACGGAUAUGCUCGAGACUGUUUUAGCUUUUGAACGUAAGACACCUUCAGGAAUGGAAAAUAAAUACAGAAGGAUUACGUCAAUUGAACAAUCCGUCUUCGAAAAAAUCGUUGACAAAGUUCAUAGUUCAGCUGUCAAACAUGGAUCACACAAGCAUCUUCUAUUAUGUCUUGUCGAAAUUUCCGAAUUAGAAAUAACAGACGAAUUGAUAAAGGCGUUUUGUUCUUUAGCUGAUGUUAAAGUAGGUAUGGAUUUACACCCUAUAAAUUUUGUAAAUGAAAUGGGAGAAUCUGUUCUUCACCUAUUAUUAAAAUACCGAUGGCAUAAUCACGGAGAAUUAACAAUAAGUGAUGAAUACGGAGACGGCCGUUCUGAAAAUGAAAUAAGUGAUGUUUCAUUUGAGAGUAAAGAUGGCUCCUGCCAUUUGCCAGAAGAAUCACGGGUACCUUAUGAGGCGGAAAACUUUUGUGUGUAUAGAAAUAUAGAAGACAAAAAUAAACAUCUGCAGACAAUAGGGAGAUUAUGCGUGAACAAAGCAAACGUUAAUAUGAAAAAUAAAAGGGGAGAGACGCCACUCAUGAUUGAACUAAACAAGUCGAAACCAUCAAUUGAAGUUCUUAGGAGCCUGUUGUUUUAUGGUGCAAAUCCGAAUGAUCAUGAUAUUCAUGGUCAGACUUGUUUUCACAAACUGUUGUUACAAAACUGUGACAGUAAUAUAAAUGUUCGUGAUUUUCUCGCCAUUUUAGUUCAGCAUGGAUUGGAUGUUAACAAACAAGAUAGUCGGGGCAAUAGUCCUAUUUUCCUUGAAUUGAAAAGACAAAACCCAAGGACUGAAAUUUUACGAUUCUUGAUAAAUGAUGGUGUCAAUAUGAGACUACUAGAUUCAAAUGGCAAAACUCCACUUCAUGUAGCAAUGCAAAGGCCAGACUAUGAUGACACGACCAAUAACGAAAUCGUUGAAAUUCUUCUUUUCUCAAAAGGUUUAAGCGUUCUUGUUCGCGAUGGAAAUAAUGAGUCUGCGUUUAGUAUUGCUAUAUCAUAUGUAAAACGCAACAGCAAAAUAUUGACACAAAUCGCUCUUCACGAGUCUUGCGAAUUUCCUCUCCAUGAAUGCAUCAAAGAGCAAGUUUCUGAGGAUGUAAAAAUUCAAGCUCUUCAGUUUUUCCUGUCAAAUGAAGCUGAAAAGCUUAACAAACAUGCGCUUAACAAAGAGAAAGAAACACUGUUAAUAACCGCGGCAAAGACUUGUCCUGAAAUGGUAAAUCUGUUUCAGUUUUUACUCUCUCAAGAUAUCAAUAUUAAUGCAAGAGAUAUCUAUCAAAACACUGCCCUUGAUUACUUAAUCGAAUCCAGCAAUGAGUUUGAGUUUAAAAGACGAAAAGCAACAAUAAUUUGUCUUUUGGCUAAAAUGUCAGACGUUAAUGAAAAAAGUGAAAAAGAGAAACCACAGUCUUCGUUGUGGACAGUUAUGCAGUUUUUGAUGAGCAAAUCUUACCUAAGGCAGACUGACCCGCUUGUGGCUACCUUUGACACAAGUGAGCAGAUACGCAAGGAAUCUUCUACAAAUGUUUCGGUGAGUCAAAAGUUGAAACAAACUAAGGAUGUAUUUGUGGAUACAGAAAUUAUUCUGAAGAUUCUUGAAACAACCACGGCGGAUCUUAAUAGCUAUGUUGGGGAAAAGGGGCGGACAUAUCUUCAUUACUGCUCGACUACCUGUUUUGAUAGUGAACACAUGCCAGCUAUAUGCGCACGCCUUAUUGAACUUGGUGUGGAUGUUAAUAAGAAGGACAAUGAUGGAUUAACUUGCCUCGACGUGGCAUUUAAGCACACAGGAAAACAAAAUUUUCACACUGUUGUGUAUUUACUGAACAGAAUCAAUCUGCAGGAGUUGGACAUAGAUAAAUCCUUACAGUACUUAGCAGAUGGGAACAAUUUGUAUGGCGAUAUAGUCAAAUAUUUUAUAGAGAAUAUUUUUGAACAAAGGAAACCGACUAAAAACUGUUUGCACUAUUUGGCUUCGAUCAAUUAUAAUCCAGAUCCAAAAUACCUAAAUAAAACUGAACGCGAAGAGUUGUUUAACCAACUACAAAGGUAUUUCCCCGUAGACGAGGAAAAUGCCGAUCAAAGAAUCCCUUUACAUGUUGCAAUAGAAGUAAACUCGAACGUUUCAUGUGUGUUGAACUUUUUGAGAAUAAGUGCAUCAUGCAUUAAUAAAGCUGAUUGUGAUGAGAACACAGCUCUCCAUCUAGUACUAAAAUCUGACAGAGAAGACAGUGCUGUGUGUACCAUAGUAAAACAGAUGCUACAAUAUCAGGCUGAUGUAAAUGCACAAAAUGAAUUGCUUAGAACUCCACUUAUGGUAGCUGUAAUGUGCUUAAAAGAUCGAUCAACCACGAUUUCGGAGAUUUUGAAAAUGAAGCCUGAUCUGAACUUGAAAGACCGAUCCGGUUUAUCAAUUGUUCAUCAUUGCAUUGAAGCACCGAAAGAUGAUUUCACAGCUUGCGCUCUCCUAUCUAUUUUUUUAGAAAGUAGACUAAGUAUAUCUUUGACAUCUAAGACUAAUAGAAAAGAUACUGCUUUAAACUUGGCAUCGAAAACCAAAUGUUACAGUCGCAUAUUAUGCAUCUUAAAAUUGCUUCAGACGAAAUCAUGCACGGCGGCGACCGUUGAUAAUGGAGGACGAAGUCCGUUAUAUAAUAGUGUGACUAACUUACUAGGAAUGAAUCCUUUGGUAGUUUUAGAACGACUCAUCCGAUCUUUCAUAUUUUUGAUCCAUGGAGAUGAUCCUCAUUUUCAAACAAACAAAAAUGACACGGUGUUUGAUGCAUGUACGAAGUCCCAAUAUCGUUACCUCGUUGACCUUCUCGAAACUGAUAUAAAUGAUAAAGACGCAGUUUACAGCAUAUUUCAACAGGCAUUGAUUGAUGUAUCACGACAAGUAUUUGAAAAAAAUCCCUUCAAAAUCGACGAUGUCUUUCAAUGGUAUGAUUUGCCCAUCGAAGAGAGAAUGCAAACCGUGAUUUCAGACUCAGUAACUUAUUUAUCGCAUUGUAAUCUUGACCGACUAAAAAACGAGGGACCAUUGGAAGAUUAUGAUAAUCAAUCAAGUGCUCUCGAUUAUGAGCAUUGAUUGAAAUCAUAUGAAUGUUAAAUGAACAAACCUUCAUUUGUGUUAACGUGUAUAUAAUAAGAAAGUUUGAUGUCUAUUUUAUAACCAUUUUAGGUGAGAGUAUGUAUGGGGUUUUUUUUUUUAUGUAUACACAUGUACUAGUAUUUUGUCAUUUUCAUUGAAAAUUGUAUAAUCAUGGUUGAUUUUUUUGUCAAAGGCCAAAUGAUUCAAUAGAAAAAGAAUUUAAUUGUAAAUUUUUAUUAUUCUUCGAUCUUUGUCUAUUAAAUAUCUUCACUUUAGGCAGCUUUUUUUAAUUUCGAAAUAUAUUACUAAAUAUGUCUUUUGAUUUAAAUAAUUUUAACGUAUUGUGCAUGUUUACGAUUCUCGAAAUAAAAUACAAUGAAUAUUUAUCCAGAUCCAAAAUUCAUCUGACAAUGAUUAGGUAUUAAUUGCCAUACAGUGAAAACUGACUACUCCGCUGGACUGAGGCGAAUUUUGUGUGAAUAUUGGAUAUGAUAGUAGAAAAUUAUACAAUGCAAAUAAAAACAACGAUCGGAACUCACAGAGGUUAGAAUCGAACUAGACAGCGUUCACUGUAUUCUGAAGUUUGAGAUUAAAUUAAAACAUGCAAUGUAGGCUCCAUAAUUUACCGCAAAUUCAAUAAUUUAAACAUGAACAUAUAUUUAUACAUAUAUGUUCUAUGCAAUGUUUUCCUCCUUCAACAUAUCUGGCAGUGAUUAUACAUGGUCCAACUAAUUCCUUGAAUUUUAACCGCCUACCAACACAAUAUUUCGCCAUACAAUGAGAACACAGACUGAGGCCCGACUCCUAGAUACUUAAAGAAACCUUCCAUUUAUGAAGAAAUUGGUUAUGUGCACUGUAGAGUACUAAUCGACAAUAUUUACAUUUUCAACUGUCUUUGUUAUGAUAACAUUACGAAUCAAUUUUGAAGCCUUUAGCCCAAUAAUU